GAAAGUUAAGAAGGUUAGAAUAAGGGAAACAAAAUAUUAUAAAUAUAAAUUUACAACGCAAAAAAAAAAUGGGACAAUUGUGCAAAUCGACGAAAAUUACAUUGCAAACUUAUGCAAAAUUAUGUUACACAUUAUGGCUGAGAGGAAUAAAAAGCGAUACGAAAAGUUACACCAAAACCGUGCUUUUGCCGCAAACUAAUUUUCCGGCACGAUUGGGCGGCAAAAAAAGAGUGGAGAUGGAUAGCUAUUUAAUAGAAAAAUGUGGUUUCUUGGAAUUAUACAAUUGGCAGAGAAAGAAUCUUAAAGGGCCAGAUUUUGUCUUGCAUGAUGGUCCACCUUACGCUAAUGGAGAGCCACACAUGGGUCAUGCAAUUAACAAGGUCCUUAAGGAUAUUACACUGCGAAAUAAAAUUCUAACAGGUAAAAGAGUGCAUUACAUCCCAGGUUGGGAUUGUCAUGGUCUGCCAAUUGAACAAAAAGUACUUAGUAAUAAUAUAAAGGAUACCAAUCCAUUAGAAAUUCGGCGAAAAGCUAGGAAAUACGCCAGCGAUGCCAUAGCAAAGCAAAGAGAAACUUUUAUAUCAUGGGGCAUCGUGGCUGACUGGAACGAAUCGGGAUGUUAUUUCACAAAUCAUGCUUCGUAUAUAAAAAAUCAGCUGAGACAAUUUAUAAAUUUGUAUGACAAAGGACUUGUGUUCAGAGCCUUUAAACCUGUGCACUGGUCACCGUCCUCCAGAACAGCAUUGGCAGAGUCAGAGCUGGAAUAUAAUGAGUCUCACAAGAGCAAAAGUGUUAUUAUUCGUAUGCAACUUGAUGCAUCUAUAUUACCCUCAAAAUUGAGAAGCUUAGAGAAUAAACCUCUUUACGCCCUAAUCUGGACUACAACACCUUGGUCAUUGAUAGCUAAUCAAGCUAUAGCUUUCUCAGAUAAUAUUGUAUAUUGUAUUGUGGAAGACAAUUCGAAAAAUUUAUAUAUUCUUGCUCAAGAAUGCUUGACUAGUGUCGAGCAGAACCUUGGUCCAUUAAGAUUAAUUACAACCAUCACAGGACAAGAAUUGAGUGAAAGUAAAUAUUUCCAUCCUAUUACCAAGAAACGUUUACCAUUCUUGCCUGGGCAACACGUAACAACCAAUGUCGGUACUGGAUUAGUUCAUACAGCUCCUGCACAUGGUCCAGAGGAUUUCCUUAUUGCAGUUGAAAAUAAUAUACCAGUAUUAUCCUUGAUAGAUGUCGAUGGAUGUUUCAUGGGAGAAGCUGGUGACGAAUUCGCCGGUUUAGACGUCUUGACCGAUGGCGCUGAUAAGAUUUUACAUCACAUCGGUGAGGAUGUGUUGCACAUUGAUACAAUUACACACAGCUAUCCAUAUGACUGGCGAACCAAAAAACCUAUCAUCAUCCGUGUGAGUCACCAAUGGUUCAUAGACAUAAAUUCUAUCAAAGAAAAGGCAAUUGACAGCAUUGCGAAUAUAAAAAUAUAUCCGGAGCAAAAUCACACGUCAUACUCGAAUGCACUACUUGCUCAAGUUAAACAACGACCGUAUUGGUGCAUUUCCCGGCAACGAUCCUGGGGAACGCCGAUACCGAUUUUGUAUAAUAAACGAACCGAUGACGUAUACACAAGCAGAAAAUGGGUCGAAAGGUUGUGCAAAUUGACGGAACGCUACGGUCCUGAUUAUUGGUGGGAACUGUCGACCGAGAAAUUAAUCGGUCGCGAGCUACGGCAAGAAUUGAACGAUAUAGAUGACCUGGAGAAAGGAACGGAUAUCAUGGACAUUUGGUUGGACAGCGGUCUUUCGUGGUCGGCCGUUUUGCCGGAAUGCAAAGCGGAUUUGUAUUUGGAAGGAAUGGAUCAGUUUCGCGGUUGGUUUCAGUCGUCAUUACUAACGUCCGUCGCUCUUCAGGAACGUUCUCCCUACAGUGCUCUGUUCGUGCACGGAUUUGCGGUGGACGAUAAAGCUUCGAAAAUGUCGAAAUCGGUUGGAAACGUGGUGAACCCUGAAAUAAUCAUUAAAGGUGGAGAAAACUUGAAUAAGAACCCAGCGUAUGGCGUCGACACUUUAAGAUGGUGGGUGGCCAGCCACGGAUGUCAGCACAGUCAAGUUCCAGUCACGACGACGUUGUUGCGCGAGAGUCACGAAUCUAUACAAAAGCUACGGUUAGUUCUACGCUUCCUCUUAGGCGCUCUACAUCCCUCCAGCGAGGGAAUCACGGUGGAACCGGAAUACCUUCACCUCGACAAGUACAUGUUGCACGCUCUGCAUCAGUAUAACAAAGAGAUUCAAAACUUGUACGACAACUACUUGUAUCAUCACGUGUGCAAGCUGGUGAUGAGCUUCCUGACGAAUACCGUGUCGCCGGUAUACUGUCACUUGAUCAAGGACAGACUUUAUUGCGACGAGGUAGGAUCCCCGACGCGGCUGGCUGUGAUGGAAGUAACUUGCGAGACCUUGACCGUACUCGUGAGAUCCAUCGCGCCGAUCGUUCCGCAUUUGGCGGAGGAAGUGUGGCUCUAUCAACCUGAAAACUUAUCAUCGGUGCCGUUGUAUCAUGCUGAAUAUAAAGUGCCGGAAACUUGGCAUCAACCGGAACUCGCUAGGCACGUAGAGAGGGCGUUAAGCUUGAGAAGCAAGGUCAACACCCUGGCUGAUCGUAACACGUGGGAAUUGUCGGGCACCCUGACAGCUACGACGAACGACUAUGAAUGCCUUUCGAUACUUCAGAAAGACGGAGAAUCCUCCACGUCGGAAUUGUGCGACAUCUUACAACUCUCGUCAAUUACGUUGUUGGAAUCGCCUAUGGCGAACGAAACGCAGAUCGAAUUACAUAAUACGGAGAAAAUGCUCUGCCAAAGGUGUAGGAGGCAUCCUGAAUUGGAUAAAAGCGGCCUCUGCAACCGCUGUGUUAAAGUACUCGACCUGACGAAUGUGUCAUCGGUAUCAGUGUAAGCGCAAUACAACCAGGUAGCAAGCGUACGUCAUUUUGGCAUCAAAUGACGUCAUCUUGACGUCACAUGCCAUCAAACGACGUCAUCUUGACGUUAAAUGCCAUCAAACAACAUCAUCUUGACGUCAAAUUACAUCAUAAACGUCAAAGUGACGUCAAAUGACAUCAUAAACGUCAAGUGACGUUAAAUAACAUCAUAGACGUCAAAAUUACGUCAUUUUGAUCCUUAAUGACGUCAGUUUGCUACUUGAAAGAGUUAUACAUAUAUAUUUCUUAUAACAAACUAUCCGAUUCUUUUGCUAUAAGUAAAUAAAUAAAAAUACAUAAACGAGAACA